UUUUAAUGCUGGGUUUGUGAACUGUCACUGAUGAGCAUAGUGGAUAACAGUACUGUGCAAACUGUAGUUUUUGUACAGUUUUAUCCAAACCAGACCAGUGUUUGCAUGUUUAUUGUACAGUUCAAGAGGAAGAAAAACACAAACGUGCAUUCUUUGCAGCAUAUUCCCUUUUCCCCUGUGCUUCUUAGUAUGUUCCUUAGUGCCCUACUUGGAGCAAUAUAGCUAAUUGUAGACGGCACUUAUUAACGAAAAAACACACAAAUUUUCCAAGAAACAACCCAACCCAUACACAGAAUUAGUAAUCAUUAUGCCAGAUUUUACAUUUUAUAAUGCACAACUUUCUUAAAUUAUUUCAUUAACAAUUAAUGCCACUCAUAGAAGAUUUGUAUGAUCUUUGAAAUGAUUCUGAUGAGCUUUAUUUUGUUUGUUGAAACAAAAUCAACUGCAGUUGCAUCAGAAUUACUGUGGCACAAAAUUUUAAAUGACUGCAUUGUAUCAUGUCACAUCCAGAGUGGUGCACACCUAUUAUGGUCUAAUGGUGUUCCUAGUGGAGGUUUUCUUGGAAAGUGCUCCCUGUGGUGCAUGUCUAAAUUGACACCAGAUCAGAAGAUCUCUUCCUACUGUCUUUGCUGGAUUUGGCUGGAUUUUUAGCUGAGCUUUAGAUCUGUCGCGCUCAGAUAGCAUUCAGGUUGGUGCAAGCUGAGCAACUGUAGUAUAGAAUGACAGCUGAGCAAGCUCUACUAGUGAUUAGUCAGGGUACUAAAAAAAAUCUGAGACACCAAAUAAUCCAAAUGAAGGGUGACACAGCACUGCACUGCUGCCACCAGACUGUUGGGGGAGCAGAAUUUAACGACACUACAGAGAACUGCACGGUGGAAAAGACACUCAGCAGAAUUUAAUAUGUGAAUGCAUUACUGCAGAGAAAAGUUAGGAGGGAGACACAGCAGGAUGCAGAUCCUGAAUGGGUGCCAAGCUUUUUCUGGGUCAAAAGAAUUUGGGGGAGUAAAAUGUCAGGGGCUACAGGGAGAACUGAACCUAGAAGGUAUAGUGAGCAAGAAAGCAGAAAAGAGAAACAAGUUAGAAAAAUAAAAUAUAUCCACUGUGAAUUAUGGGUAGAAAAAUAUGUAUGUUAUCUAGAGAAAAACAAUCUGUAUGCUUCCUAUUAUGUUUUCCAACAUGCUGACACACCCUGGUGGGUUUCUGGCAACUUCUCACAUUGGCAACCACUGCUCUGCAUCACACUUGCAGUGUGUAGGAGGUCUAAUAACCUGCCACACUUGUACUCACAGUAAGAUUCCCAACGUGUAGAAAAACCACUCAGUCAACAUGCAUCUACUUGACAAACUUUUAGCUACAAAAACCUUUCAAUUGCUUAUCUUUUUUUAGCAUAUAUACUUUCCAAAUUCUCUUCAAAGCCUCUUUAACUCGUUACCUCUGGCUAGUAUUUGUUACGGUCCUGAGUCUGUGGACUCAGUGUUUUUCUGUUUGUAUUAGUUUUCCUCGAUUUCAUGAUGUGUUUUGAUUUCUGUCGCUAGUAUCCCUAGUUCCUUGGCAUUUCUUGUGUUCUAGUUCUUAGGUUGUGGUUCUGUGUUACUUCUGUUCAGUUUCCUGUUUUACUUUGAAAGUCUGUGUACUAUGUCAGUGUGUUUUGCCUCCCCUUGUCUUGUCAUGUCUGAUGAGUCCCAGCUGUGCUCUCCUCCUGUUUCACAUUCCCUAAUUACCUCUGUAUGUAUUUAAGCCCUGUGUUUUUCCCUGCCAGUUGUUGCGUCCUACAUGUUCGUUGUGUGUGUAUUCAUUGUCGUCUACCUUCAGCAUCUCCAGUCUAGUUGGUUUAAGUUGUUGUUUAUGUAUUGCCAAGCGUGACUCACCAGCAAAUAAAGCUGCCGUUUAAGUUCAUGUUUUGUCUCCGAGUCCUGCACGUGGGUCCAGCCACUGACAGCCACACAACUCAUCGUGACAGAAGGACGCAACCAUAACAUGGACCCAGCGGACUCAGCUCACCUCGAGAGAGAGGUGGACCUUGCUCGCAUCCUCGGACUGAUGACUCGCAUUAGCCAUGCCUCAGAUUUGCAGACAUUCUCAGUUGGGUUGAAUGCAAUACAAGCUAUAUUUGACAGAAAUCCUCAACUGCGCCAGCUGUCUAUUGCCUCGGAGUUCAGCCGUUCGCUGACCCAGGCUAAGGAGGCAGUCAAAGCCCGGGAGCUGGCCCAAUUCGCCCUCAUCUCCUCAUCCACACCGCCUCAGUCACAGCGAGCAAGCCCUCUCACGCCGCCGCAGCGGACGGAGCGUUCUACAGCCCCGCUGCAGCAGCUACAGUCGCAGCGUCGGACUCCUUCCUCCCUCACGUCUGGUUCCGACCACCCCUCACCUGCCUCAUGCCUGGCAGGAAUGUGGUCGGAGGAUGAGGGGCCAGUCACUGUUGCUCCGACACCCUCCGUUUUUUCUGUCUCUCCCGUUUCCAAGAGAAAGCGGCGUUCUCGUCGUCGCCAUCCCUCACCGCGACCGGAGUCCAGUUCCUGCUGUGAACAGCUGGACGUGCUCCUCUGCUCUGCUCUCUGCAUCCAGUUCCCAGGCAGACUAUGGCUCCGUUCAUCCCUGCACCCGUAUCUGCUCCUUGGGUGGGGAUGGCGGGCGCCCGGUCGUUGCCUGUGCCUGUUCUGGUUCCCUGGGUGGGGGCAACUGAGACCCCGCUGACUCGUGCACCCGUUUCAGCUCCUCGGGUGGGAACAGCGGUGGCCCAGCUAGCUCCUGCACCCACACCGGCCCCCAGGGGUAAGGCAGCCAGAACACAGCUCUUCCCUGGACCUGUAUCUGUUCUUCAGGUGGGGAUGGCUGAGGUUCGGCCAGGCCCAGUACCUGUCCCUGUUCCCCGGAGAAGAGUUGCUGAGAGUCGGUUACCCGCUCUGUUGCAAGUUCAACAACCAUCACUACACCCAGCACGACCAUCAUCACGACCACCACUACAACUUCUGUUUCAGUCAGCCGCCCAGCCGGUAACUCAGCAAUUAGCGCAAGCACCAAUUCAGCUACCUAUGCAGCCAGGGGUCCCAAUUGCCUCUGGCCCUGCAUCUGCUCCAGCUGGAGGGCUCGAGGAGUCCGUCCAGCCUCAAAUCUCGUCAGCUGGGGGCCCGAGGAGCCCGUCCAGCCUCAGGUUUCGUCAGCUGGGGGUUCAGGUGAACCCAGCCAGCUUCCUGCUACGUCGGCUGGAGGGCCCGAGGAGCCCGUCCAGCGCCACGCCUCGUCUGCUGGGGUCCUGGAGGACCCAGCCAGCACAUCCUCAUGUCUGCUGACGGUCCUGGAGGACCCAGCCAGCACAUCCUCAUGUCUGCUGACGGUCCUGGAGGACCCAGCCAGCACAUCCUCAUGUCUGCUGACGGUCCAGGAGGACCCAGCCAGCACAUCCUCAUGUCUGCUGACGGUCCAGGGAGGUCCAUUCAGCCGCCGUCUGGUCCAGCCUCUCCGCCAUCUGGUCCAGCCUCUGUGUCUGCAGCCUCGUCUGGUCCAGCGGUUGCCACACCGUCUUCAGUUCCAGCUCAUCCUUUUCCACCUCGCCUCUGCCGGCCGCUUUCCAGGUCUCCAGCUGGACGUCAUCGCCGGAGAGGCCGGCCCCCUGAACUGCUUCUUCGUCGCCGCCGUCUGCGCGGCCGGCCCCCUGAACUGCUUCUUCGUCGCCGCCGUCUGCGCGGCCGGCCACCUGAACUGCUUCUUCGUCGCCGCCGUCUGCGCGGCCGGCCACCUGAACUGCUGUGUGAUGGGCUUUUGUGCCGUCGGCCUCCGGGCCGGCCUCCGGAUCUAGGUGUUUUGAUGUCUUGACGCCUAUUCUGUUUGGGACUGUUCGGUGCUCCUGUGCCCUUUUUUUGUUUGGGACUUGGUCACUCCGUCCUGGACCCCUGCCGCCCGCCCUGGUUGGGUUGUUUUCGGUUUUUCUGUGUCCCUGGUUUUCGGGUUUGGGCUGUCUAAAUUUUGUGCUUUACCUGGAUUAAUUUUAAUGAUCUUUUUUGCAAUGCAAUGCAUUUAAGUUGGUUCAGCAAAUUGACUUGGGAUUUAAGUAUUCUAGCAAUACAAGCUAAUGCGAUGGAAAUGUAUCUUGUAGUUUGUAACGUGAUUCUCUGUUAUGGACAGGGUUAAAAAAUAAUUGCACAGCCGCAACGUGUUUGAUCAUUUUUGAUAUUGGUGUUAUGGUAUCCCUUUUAGUUAUUAGUCCCAUAAACGUAUACAGAGUGCCCGUCAUAGAGACAUCAUGGAGGCUAUGAUG